AUGAGAUUAGCUACUGAAAUUGACAUUCCUUUAAAUAAUGGAACCAAAAUUCCUGCAUUGGGACUUGGUACUGUUGCUUCAGAUGAUCCAAAAGAUGUUAAAGAUCAAGUUAAAGCAGCAAUUGAAGCUGGAUAUCGUCAUAUUGAUACUGCUUGGUAUUAUGGGACUGAAAAAUAUAUUGGAGAAGCUUUAAAAGAAUUAUUUGAUGAAGGUAUUAUUAAACGUGAAGAUUUAUUUAUUACUACUAAAGUUUGGCCAAGUUUUUGGCAUAAUCCUGAAAAAUCAUUAGAUGUUUCAUUAAAUGAAUUAGGAUUAGAUUAUGUUGAUUUAUUUUUACAACAUUGGCCAAUUUGUUUACAUGGUGAUGAAAAUACUGGAUUACCUAAAGUUCCAAAAGAUGAUAAUGGUGAAUUAAUUUAUGAUGAUGAUCCAGUUGAUGGUAAAAAAUUUAUUGAAGUUUAUCAUAAAUUAGAAGAUAUUUUAGAAAAUACUAAUAAAGUUAAAUCAAUUGGUGUUUCAAAUUAUUCAAUUCCUAAACUUCGUGAAUUAUUACCAAAUGUUAAAAAACAUACUCCUGUUAUUAAUCAAAUUGAAUAUCAUCCUUAUUUGCCACAACAAGAUUUAGUUGAUUAUUGUAAUAAGAAUAAUAUUGUUAUUUCUUGUUAUUCUCCAGUUGGUAGUUUUGGUGCUCCAGUUUUGAAAAAUCCUUUAAUUAAAGAAUUGGCUAAAAAAUAUCAAGUUUCUGAAAACGAAAUUGUUAAUGCUUAUCAUAUUUUAAAUAACAGAGUAACUUUACCAAGAUCUUCAAAUCUUGAAAGAAUUAAAUCAAUUAUUAAAUUACCUGAAUUGACCAAAGAAGAAAUGGAUGAAUUGUAUCAAAUUGGUGUUAAAGAUCCACAAAGAUUCAUUUGUGAUCCAUGGGGUUAUGGUUUAGGAUUCAAAUGGUGGAAAGGUGAUACUUUAAGUAAAACAUUCGACUAA